AUUUUUGAUCAAUCUUACAGCACAAGCCCUCCCUCCGUUCCCCCCUUCCUCUAUAUAAGCACAAAAAUCACCUCGUGCCCCAAUCUGCCUCUCCUCGAACACCAUGCCCUUGUAAUAUAACCCACCCUUCAUAGUCCAUCCCUUCUUCCUCUACAAUGGCACCGAGUACAUCUCGUACUUCAGUGUUCAUCACCGCCGCCAUACUUACCCUACUCUUUGCCAUCACCCCCAUCACCUGCUGGCGUCCAUGGCCGCACCUAAACCCCAACAGCUCAGACCUCCUCUAUGAUUCCUCCAAAAAAUUUGAAGGGUCAUCAGAAUUUGUUCACCUACGUUAUCACAUGGGCCCAGUACUAACUGGGAACAUAACGGUCCACACAAUCUGGUACGGUAGAUGGCAAAAGUCCCAGAAAAAAAUCAUUCGAGGGUUCAUCAACUCAAUCUCAGAUGUCCAUGCACGGCAUCCAUCAGUUGCUGGUUGGUGGAGAACUGUGCAACUCUACACAGACCAAACUGGAGCCAACAUCUCACAUACUGUCCAAUUAGGACAAGAAAAAAACGACAGGUUUUAUUCUCAUGGGAAGUCGUUAACAAGGUUGUCUAUACAGUCGGUGAUCAGGAGUGCUGUGACUGCAAGAACUAAGCCGCUGCCUAUCAAUCCAAGAAAUGGGUUGUAUCUUCUGUUGACUUCUGAUGAUGUGUACGUCCAGGAUUUUUGUGGGCAGGUUUGUGGGUUUCAUUAUUUUACGUUCCCUUCAAUUGUAGGGUACACCUUGCCUUAUGCCUGGGUUGGUAACAGUGCAAAGCAGUGCCCUGGUGUGUGUGCUUAUCCUUUUGCCGUGCCGGAGUUCAGGCCAGGGUGGAAGGCACUAAAAUCACCUAACGGUGACGUGGGCGUUGAAGGAAUGAUCAGUGUGAUUGCUCAUGAGAUUGCUGAAUUGGCAACAAAUCCAUUGGUGAAUGCUUGGUAUGCAGGACAGGAUCCGAGUGCUCCUGUGGAGAUAGCCGAUUUGUGUGAGGGUAUUUAUGGAACUGGGGGUGGUGGGUCCUAUACUGGACAAAUGCUGACGGACCACGAUGGUGCCACUUAUAAUAUGAACGGGAUCAGACGGAAGUUUUUGGUUCAGUGGGUUUGGAACCAUUUGGUCAGUUAUUGUACUGGCCCUAAUGCCCUCGAUCAGUAGCGGUAUUUAUUAUCCUAUUUUGAUUUUGUUUUUUGUAAUUUUGGGUUUCAAUGCUUCUUCUUUGUUUUUUUUACCGUUUGUUGGUUUUUGAAUUUGGGGUUUGGGAGGUUGGUAAUUAAUGCAUAUGUUAAUUAAGGUAGUUAAGGUUGUUAAAAUCUGUAAUAAUUCCUAUUAUACUAUUUUUGUAUACCA